AAGGCGGCAAAGCUUCCCAGCCUCCCUCGCCCGCCCGGCGCUUGGCCUGGAGGGGAGGCCAAGAGGGUUGUGUGCCCAGUGGCCCGAUGAGGACGCUACUGACCAUCCUGGCUGCGGGAUCCCUGGCGGCUCGCAUUGCCGAGGACACCUCGGAUCUGCUUCAGCACGUGACAUUCCAGUCCAGCAACUUCGAAAACAUCCUGACCUGGGACAGCGGGCUGGAGAGCGCCCCAGACACGGUCUACAGCGUCGAGUAUAAGACGUACGGAGAGGUAGGGUGGCUGGCAAAGAAGGGCUGCCAGCGGAUCCCCCGGAAAUUCUGCAACCUGACCACAGAGACGGGCAGCCUUGAGAAGCUCUACUACGCCAGGGUGACCGCCACCAGCGCGGGAGGCCGGUCAGCCACCAAGAUGACCGACCGGUUCAGCCCUCGGCAACACACUACCAUCAAGCCACCUGAUGUGACCUGUAUCCCCGCGGUGAGAUCCAUCCAGAUGAUAGUCCAUCCCACCUCCACGCCCGUCCAGGCCGAGGAUGGCCACCGGCUGACCCUGGAGGACAUCUUCCAUGACCUGUUCUACCGCUUAGACCUCCACAUCAACCAAACCUACCAAAUGCACCUUGGAGGCAAGCAGAGAGAAUACGAGUUCAUUGGCCUGACCCCUGACACGGAGUUCCUUGGGACCAUCACAAUUUUUGUUCCAACCUACUCCAAAGAGAGUGCCCCCUAUACGUGCCGCGUGAGGACACUGCCAGACCGGACAUGGACCUACUCCUUCUCCGGGGCCUUCCUGUUCUCCAUGGGCUUCCUGGUCGCAGGGCUCUGUUACCUGAGCUACAGAUACAUCACCAAGCCGCCUAAGCCUCCCCACUCCCUGGAUGUCCAGCGUGUACUGACCUUCCAGCCCCUGCGGUUCAUCCAGGAGCACGUGCUGAUCCCCGUCCUGGACCUCAGCGGCCCCAGCAGCCUGGCCCAGCCUGUCCAGUACUCCCAAGUCAUGGUCUCUGCGCCCAAGGAGCCCCCGGGAGCCCUCCCGCUGCACAGCCGGUCUGAGAUCACCUACCUCGGGCAGCCGGACCUCUCCAUCCUGCAGCCCUCCCGGUCGGCGCCUCCCCAGGCGGGCUCCCCGCCGUCCUACACUCCCCAGGCUGCCCCUGAGGCCGGGCCCCCAGCCUACACACCUCAAGUCACCCCCGAGGCUAAAGCCCCAUCCUACACUCCACAAGCCAUCUCUUCCUACGCCCCCCAGGCCACUCUGGACAGCUGUCCCCCAUCCUAUGGGCUGUGCAUGGGAGGGUCUGGCAAAGACUCCCCUCCGAGGACACCCUCUGGUCCCAGACCCCUCAGGACUGAGGAUCAGCUCCAGAAAAAGCCACCAGCCGCUGACCUCUCCCUGCAGGGGUUGGCUUCCGGGGCCACCGAGGAACCCCAAGAGGCCAAGCCCUUCCCCCAGCACCUGUGCGUUGACCCGGACAGAGCACCCGACACGACUGUGCUGCACAAGGGGGAGCCAGGGACACCGGGGUACCUGAAGGGCCAGCUGCCCCUCCUCUCCUCUGUCCAGAUUGAGGGCCACCCGGGGUCCCUCCCUCUGCACACUCCUUCCCUCCCAUGUUGUCCCAUGGACCAGGGUUCAUGCCCCGGGGGGCUGCUGGAGUCCCUCGUGUGUCCUAAGGAUGAUGGUCCCGGGUUCGAGCCUGAGGCCCCUGGGGACUCAGCCCUGGAGCAGCCCACAGAGCUGGACUCCCUCUUCAGAGGCCUGGCCCUGACCGUGCGGUGGGAGUCCUGAGUGGACGGCAGAACGGCCUGGGGCUUCCCCCUCACCCCCAGCCCUACCUCACAUCCGCUGCUGUCACUCCCAACCCACCAUGCCAUGCACACAGCCCACCCGCCUCAGUGGGGGCCCUGCGGGAACCAGAGGAGGGCGGGUGGCGCCAGGCCUUGCCAGGGCGGGAGCAGGGAGACAGGAUUGGGACAUCAGAUGGGGAGUGAUGGGCACGCAUCCUGUGCCAAUGAGUGUGUGCCAAUGAGUGCGUGCGCAGAGCUCUGCAGGGAAGGCGGGGACCGUCAGUGCGGGGAGGUAACUAACGCACGGGGACUUCCAAGGCUGGGGCCCAGCUCCUAAUACGCGGGGCACAAGGUUCUCUAGGAGCCUAGUCUCCGCGCCCCGCUCCUGGCCAGUUUCAUAAUCUAGCUCCACAGAGAGGGAGGUCUGCCUCCUCUGUGACUCCCCAGGUGAGAGAAGGAGCCGGGAAAAGGAUGCCCCGUAGCAGGCUGGGCAGAACCACAGCCACCUGCGCUUCUGCCGAGGUGAGAAGCAGCGCCAUGGACAGACUCCAGGGAGGGGUGCGGCCUGGGGCUCAUUCCCAACCAGGGCUGCUGCCCAAAGUCGAAGUCGCAGCAUUCCAACUCCACUCCUCAGCUGGAGGCUGCGCCCCCAGGGAAAUGCAGGUCCACCAGGGAGGGAGGGCCUUUCCGUGGAGGGAGUUUCAGUCCCCAUCCUGAGAGCAGGGUUUGGAAGGAAAUGGGCCCACGUGGCCCCUGAAGGAGACACAACCAACACCAGCACUGACUUCACGACUUUGGAAACUCAGCCGUGGGUUCAGCCCAUCUGGGUGCAAAUUCCAGCCUCACCACCUACCACCCGUGUGACUUCAACCAAAUGAAUCAGCGCUCAGAACCGCAGUUUCCUCCUUGGUAAAUGGGUGUGGGAACCCCUACCUCGCGGGGUAGUGGUGAGGGUGAAAUCAAACAACGUCUGUAAAGUGUGUGAGAGUGUCUGGCUCAGGGCAGUGCCCAAUAAAUGGUAGCUACUU